GGCCUCCAGUCCUGAGACCAUCCACUGGAGGCCCUCAAGCCCUGAGACCAUCCACUGGAGGCCCUCAAGCUCUGAGACCAUCCACUGGUGGCCCUCAAGCCCUGAGACCAUCCACUGGAAGCCCUCAAGCCCUGAGACCAUCCACUAGAGGCCCUCAAGUCCUGAGACCAUCCACUAGAAGCCCUCAAGCCCUGAGACCAUCCACUAGAGGCCCUCAAGUCCUGAGACCAUCCACUAGAAGCCCUCAAGCCCUGAGACCAUCCACUAGAGGCCCUCAAGUCCUGAGACCAUCCACUAGAAGCCCUCAAGCCCUGAGACCAUCCACUAGUGGCCCUCAAGCCCUGAGACCAUCCACUGGAGGCCCUCAAGCCCUGAGACCAUCCACUAGUGGCCCUCAAGCCCUGAAACCAUCCACUGGUGGCCCUCAAGCCCUGAGACCAUCCACUAGUGGCCCUCAAGCCCUGAGACCAUCCACUGGAGGCCCUCAAGCCCUGAGACCAUCCACUAGAGGCCCUCAAGCCCUGAGACCAUCCACUAGAGGCCCUCAAGCCCUGAGACCAUCCACUAGAGGCCCUCAAGCCCUGAGACCAUCCACUAGAGGCCCUCAAGCCCUGAGACCAUCCACUGGAGGCCCUCAAGCCCUGAGACCAUCCACUGGAGGCCCUCAAGCCCUGAGACCAUCCACUAGAGGCCCUCAAGCCCUGAGACCAUCCACUAGAGGCCCUCAAGCCCUGAGACUAUCCACUAGAGGCCCUCAAGCCCUGAGACCAUCCACUAGAGGCCCUCAAGCCCUGAGACCAUCCACUAGAGGCCCUCAAGCCCUGAGACUAUCCACUAGAGGCCCUCAAGCCCUGAGACCAUCCACUGGAGGCCCUCAAGCCCUGAGACCAUCCACUAGAGGCCCUCAAGCCCUGAGACCAUCCACUAGAGGCCCUCAAGCCCUGAGACCAUCCACUAGAGGCCCUCAAGCCCUGAGACCAUCCACUAGAGGCCCUCAAGCCCUGAGACCAUCCACUAGAGGCCCUCAAGCCCUGAGACCAUCCACUAGAGGCCCUCAAGCCCUGAGACCAUCCACUAGAGGCCCUCAAGCCCUGAGACCAUCCACUGGAGGCCCUCAAGCCCUGAGACCAUCCACUGGAGGCCCUCAAGCCCUGAGACCAUCCACUAGAGGCCCUCAAGCCCUGAGACCAUCCACUGGAGGCCCUCAAGCCCUGAGACCAUCCACUAGAGGCCCUCAAGCCCUGAGACCAUCCACUAGAGGCCCUCAAGCCCUGAGACCAUCCACUAGAGGCCCUCAAGCCCUGAGACCAUCCACUGGAAGCUCCUCAAGCCCUGAGACCAUCCACUAG